AUGGACUUUAGACCAGACAACUUAAGUUAUGGUUUAAUACCUAAAUACAAAAGCAACAAUUUAGAAGUUAAGGCAUAAAGGUUACAAUAAAUAAUUCAUGUUGUCUCUAACAUACACUUGUCAGUAAGCCCAUAUCUUGAACUCAGUAAAAAGUGCAAUAAAAUGGCCAGGUUAAACUUGUAAAAGUGGUGUGUCUCUAUCCAUCUGAUGUUAUUCUUCAGGUCUGUAAGUGCACCCCGAUGGUUGGAAGACAGACACUCCGAAUGGACAGCGGUAAUUGCUCCGGGGCGGUAGUGGAUGACAGCCCUGCAUCCAGUCCGAGCUCCAGUCCCAGUCCCGACGGUCGUCGUCGGGAACUCCAGCGGGCCAGGGUGCUGCAGGCCGGCGGGCUCGGCGGCAGGGGACGCCCGGCAGCAGCGAACGCGGCGCGGGAGAGGAGCAGAGUACAAACCCUGAGAACCGCGUUCCUGGAGCUACAAAGGACUUUGCCGUCCGUGCCGCCGGACACCAAGCUGUCCAAACUCGACGUGUUGAUACUGGCCACCACCUAUAUUGCUCAUUUGACUCGAACACUACAAGAAGAAGGCACCGAGGAGGGAGAGAGCACAAAACAAACAGAGGCGUUACACUCAUUGAAAGGUGACGGCUACCUGCACCCAGUGAAGAAAUGGCCUAUGCGAUCCAGACUAUACGUCGGGGCAUCCGGACAGUUCCUCAACACCGCAAAUCCUUCAGAGUCAGAGAAUCAAGGCCCUUCAUCGUCCACCUCCCAGUAACAGGCUUAAAUGAUUUGUAUGAAACGAUUUCGUAUUUGCAUGAGUUCAUGCUGUGGCAGCAGCAUACGCCUUAUUAUUGUAGAACAAUAGAUUUUACUUCCACUAAAGCCCUACCAAUAGGAAGACUUUGUAAAUUAAUAUAUUAUGUGACUUUUAUUGUAUAGUAGCCAACAUUUUGAGAAUUAUGUUUCUCUGUUGUUAUUUUGGCUAAUCCUGUUUGCCCUGCAUUGUGCAGCUCCAUACUUGCCCCCAGGUAGCAUAUUUUUAGAAAUUCCAUGGGGUAAUGAGCCGGUCAUGCUUGAGGUGUGCACUUUCAGUUCGAAACAUUUGCACUAAAUGCAUGUGUGAAUAACUUAACAUCUGUCAUGUGAAGUGGUCUGUCAGAGAGUCAACAAUAGAGGUUCUUCAUCUCAUGUUCCCUCUUAUUUUUACAUGCAUGGUUGUAAGUGUGUUUGUGAAUAAAUGAAUUCAGUGAAAGAAGACGAGGCUU